GGAUCUCCUCUUUCCCUUCGGCGCGCCAGUGAAGAUCCUGGUGUCGCCAUGGGCCGUCGACCCGCCCGGUGCUAUCGGUACUGUAAAAACAAGCCAUAUCCGAAGUCUCGCUUCUGUCGAGGCGUCCCAGAUGCCAAGAUCCGCAUCUUCGACUUGGGCCGGAAGAAGGCCAAAGUGGACGAGUUCCCGCUCUGUGGCCACAUGGUGUCGGAUGAGUACGAGCAGCUUUCCUCGGAAGCUCUGGAGGCCGCCCGCAUUUGUGCCAACAAGUACAUGGUGAAAAGCUGUGGCAAGGAUGGCUUCCAUAUCCGAGUGCGCCUGCACCCCUUCCACGUCAUCCGCAUCAACAAGAUGCUGUCCUGCGCAGGGGCCGACAGGCUCCAAACAGGCAUGCGGGGGGCCUUCGGAAAGCCCCAGGGCACGGUGGCCAGGGUCCACAUUGGCCAGGUCAUCAUGUCCAUCCGCACCAAACUGCAGAACAAGGAGCAUGUGAUUGAGGCUCUCCGCCGGGCCAAGUUCAAGUUUCCUGGUCGUCAGAAAAUCCACAUCUCCAAGAAGUGGGGUUUUACCAAGUUUAAUGCGGAUGAGUUUGAAGACAUGGUAGCGGAGAAGCGACUCAUCCCAGAUGGUUGUGGCGUCAAAUACAUCCCCAACCGUGGGCCUCUGGACAAGUGGCGGGCACUGCAUUCCUGAGAGCCUUGGAGCUGUGCCCUCCAGUCCCUGUUCCCCACCCCAGCACUCAAGCGCCCCAUCCCACCCACCACAAUAAAACCUGGUUCUUAAUCA